AUGUCCGCCUCGAAUAGCACAGGCUCAACUAUAAGUACGAAUGGCCGCAGGCCUUCCAUCGCUUCCAGGGCAACCGCACCUCCAAUGUUAGCUAUGAACGGCCACUUUGCAGCUGUCGGCGAUGCGCCGACAGAACAGCAAUAUGAACAUGGCAUUCAAGUUAUCAACGAGGAGAAAGAGUUCAACCCCAACCUUAACACAUAUCUGCAGCUCACCAGGACAGCGCAAUCCGGCUUCAACUAUCACCUCAUAUCAGUCUUUGGUUCCCAGUCAACUGGCAAGUCGACCCUGCUUAAUCACCUCUUCGGUACGGAGUUUGGGGUAAUGUCGGAAACCGAGCGGCGGCAGACCACAAAGGGGAUAUGGAUGUCAAAGAACAAGAAGGAGCAUAAGGGCGCGCUAGAAUCCGAAAAGAUGGCUGAUAACAUUAUGGUUAUGGAUGUGGAGGGAACUGAUGGCCGAGAACGAGGGGAAGACCAAGACUUCGAGCGGAAAAGUGCCCUUUUCGCCCUGGCGACUAGCGAGGUCCUGAUCGUGAAUCUUUGGGAGCAUCAAGUCGGGCUGUACCAAGGUGCAAAUAUGGGGUUGCUGAAGACAGUAUUUGAGGUUAAUCUACAGCUCUUUUUGAAGGAUAGACAGUCUAAUCCCCGAUCUCUCCUCUUCUUCGUCAUCCGCGAUCAUAUUGGGGCAACUCCUCUUGCAAACCUUCGUAACACGCUCCUAGCAGAUUUAACAAAUAUAUGGACUAGCCUCUCGAAGCCCGCCGGUCUCGAAAAGUCGCGGAUAGAGGACUACUUCGAUUUCGCAUUUGCUGCGUUGCCGCACAAGAUCUUGCAACCGGAGAAGUUCGUCACAGAGGUUAAGAAACUAGGUAUGAGAUUUAGAGUUGGCAACCGACCUGAUAAUCAGCAUGGCCUACAACUGGUGCAUGAACUCGAAGGGGGCGUCUUCCUCCCUGAAUACCACCGACGAAUCCCUGCGGAUGGGUUUUCAGUAUACGCAGAGGGCAUUUGGGACCAGAUCGUCAAUAACAAGGAUCUGGAUUUGCCGACUCAGCAGGAGCUCCUCGCGCAAUUUCGCUGCGACGAGAUAUCACGAGAGGUUUUAGAAGGUUUCGAUACCGCUAUAUUACCCCUGGAGGAGCUACAGGCGGAGGGUGUCAGACUUGGAAAACCCACUGUUUUGAAGGACUUGGGUCUUUCUGGAAAAGCUGCACGUGUGAAGAGCAUCAAGGCUUUUGAAACCGAGGCGAGCAGAUACCACAAAGGCGUUUAUAGUAGAAAACGUGUCGAGUUGGAAGGCAAGAUUGACACCCGCCUCAAGGCCUUAUACCACGGCCACCUCUCGGCAGCUCACAAGUCAGGAGUUACAUCGUUCAGCAAUUCGGUUUCCAACGCCGUCAAGGCGGGGCAGAAAAAAGGGGCAUCGUACGAAUUUGCUGAAAUUGUGGAACGUGAGAAACAGAUUGCCCUCGAACAGUUCGAAACUGAAGCGAAGAGUUUGGCGAUUGAGGGCGUACCAUGGAGUAACUUCAAACAACAAUUUAAUCUAUAUGAGAAGGAUCUAGACGAAGUCAGCGCACGUUUACGAAAGGAAGAAAUGCGGCGCCUUGCAACUCGCGUGGAGAGAUGGGUGCGUUCAAGGCUAGGAGAAUCCGUAGGUCUUGAGUUUAACAAACUCGGAUCUGGGCGAGGCGGGAGUGGCGCUCCUGAAGAUGGUGAGAAACCCGCCACAGAGAAAGAUUUGUGGGAUAGGAUAUGGAAUCUCUUCGUCGCUACUGUCAAAGAAGCCGAGACACGUUUUGUUGACAGAGCAAAAAGCUUUGAUGCCAGCCAAGAUGAGAUUGAUGUCGGGUUGUGGCGUCUGAGGCGGAAGAGCUGGGGAGUUCUCCGAGCGAAAAUCGAUGAGGAGGUCAUGGAAGGCAACAUCCUUCUCAAACUGAGAGAGAACUUUGAAGACAAGUUCCGAUAUGACGAAGCUGGUGUACCCAGGAUAUGGCGACCUACGGAUGAUAUCGAGGGGCUAUACACCAAAGCGAAGGAAUCAACUCUUACCCUAAUUCCACUUCUUUCAAGAUUCAGAUUGUCUGAGACAUAUGCGCCGCCCGAUCUCCCCGAUUGGAUUUCGAGUGCGCCUGAUAGUGUUGAUCCAAAGGAUGAAGAAGAUCUAGCUCCAAUCGGUGGUGUGGAUGAAGAGGAGGGCAAGAGCCUGGAAGAAGAAAUGACAAUACUGAGCGAAGCCAAACGCCAGGACCUCGUUGUGAGAUUCAAGAAGACGGCUGAUGGAGUUUAUGUUGAGGCAAAACGAAGUGCUAUUGGUGGUGUUGCUCAAGUUCCUCUAUACUUCUACGGACUUCUCCUAGCGUUGGGCUGGAAUGAGAUCGUUGCAGUUCUCCGCAACCCAGUCUACUUUAUCUUCCUCAUUCUCCUCGGCGCAGCAGCCUAUGUAACAUACACCCUCAAUCUCUGGGGCCCGAUGCUCCGCAUGGCUAAUGCCGCCUCCACUCAAGCCGUCGAGAUCGGCAAGGAGAAACUACGAGAGUUUUUGGAAAACUCCGAAUCAGGGAGGCAGGCUAUGGGAAUGCCCGCCAAGCGGGAUAGCGAUAGUAUUAGUCUGAAUACGCUAGACAGUAGGGGAAAGAGCAUGAGUCCAGGGGCGGACGAGGAUGAUGAUGAUAUUUAG